CUUCGCUUUUGUGUUUUUGUGUUGAACGCGGAAGUUUCGUAACAAUAUAAACAGAAUGUGAUUUCGUCUCCUAAAAAUCAAAUUUAUUCAACCUUUAUUUAUAAUUUCUGCUUUAUAACUCUAGAAAGCAUGGUUAAUCUCGGUUUGAGAAAAGUAGACGACGCGGUCGCUGCAAAACAUCCGGGGUUACAAAGUUACGCUGCUUGUCAGUCUCGCGCCUUUAUGAAGGGAACUGGGACCUUUUUACUGGGUGUUGCAGGUUUUUUCACCGUUCAGAAGGCUCUACAAAAGAAGCUGCCCUAUCCUCUUCAGUGGAAUCUGCUCAUUUCCAUAGUGGCGUCAUCGCUGUGCAGUUAUGCCGUAACUCGCUGGGAAACACAGAAAUGUUCAGAUCUUUGGUUGAUGCUUGAAACUGGCAAAGUCCCGGACAGAUCACCAGCACCAGUACCUCAACUAGAGGCAUCGCAAGGACCCCAGAAGACAAAAUAUGGAGAUGCCAUGGAGUAAACGUACUCUAUUUUUCAUCUACAAUGGCUUUUUCCAAGUAUUUAUAUAUGGAGUUUGUGUACAAACGUACACUCUGUAUUUGUUAGGAGAGUUUUAUGUUUUUCCUCAUGUGUCAAAAUGGUAUAAUUUAAUUUUCUAUGGAGCUUUUCAAUUUCAUAACAGCAUUAACAUGGAUUAAAUGUGUGUUCCUCAAACCGCAGGCCAGGGUUUUAUGUAGGAUUCUAGCAGGAAUCUGAUGUUAAGCUUUUGAUCUGUAUUAUUGUUUGGAUAUGUUGGUUUGUCAUGCAACAGAAUUAACUCUGCACUGCCAGCACCUACCACUGAUGGUUGCUGCAGAAAUAAUUAGAUAUUUGACUAAUAUGAUCCUGUGUGUUGGAGCCUUUGAUGGAUUCAAGCCAGGUUAUGAUCAUAGAUCAGCUUUGGUUAUAAAGAAUAAAGCAGAAAUUAAAACAACCUGUAAGAGACUUUGCAACUUCCCUAUUUGUUUGCAGUUUGACAUAAAGACAUGCAGAGGGAUAUAGAAGUCAGCCACUUGGAUCCCACUAAUAAAAUGUUUCAA